AUGGGUGCUGCUUAUAGCAAGUCUGCCGACUCCAAGAAAGGCAUAAUGCGAAUGCAUGGCGUGAUCGACCACCAGUCCGCCUAUAUACUCUUCGUCAACUGCAAGGAGAACAGAUCCCCUGUCGAUGCGAAAACGAGAAACUGUUACGGCUUCGACCGCUGCCUAGAGCUCGAGCAUGAGGGAAUUCUAUUGGACUUGUACAGAACGUUGUUCAGAAUGGGUGUAACCCCUGAGAAGAUCGACAAAUGGCAUCAGCAGAGGAAGCUAUACAAGAAAAUCACCAAGAAGGCACAUCUUCUCCCUCAGCACCUCAGGAAGUGGGCCAAAAGCCACGAGUAUAUCUGGAUUGCGUACGAUGAGUCGGGACACGACACCCUCCAAAUGGCCAUGGCAGAAGCGAAGAACCAAAAAGCGGAGGCCGAAACGGAGGCAAAGGGCAAGGGACACGGAGCGGACGACGCCAACAUCACCGGCACCGCCAAAGACGGCGAGAGAUCUUCUCAGCUUCUUACUGUUCCACCUACAGGGGAUUCUCUGGACUAUCCUCCUUUUCCUAAAGAUCGUAUUUGGGACGGCCCAGAUCUGCACUCGAGAGGGGAAUCCGGAGAUGAUGGGGCCACAACAGAAUGCCCGUCAUCUUCGAGCAAAGACCCGCUGGUUCCUUCGUCUGGCAAGCCAGGCGGUUCAAGCAAUCAAGGCAGUUCGAGCAGCCAAGGCGCUUCGAGCAAUCAAGAUCAACCCCGUCGCAACACGAUGCCUACCUGCUCCAAGCCCAGUCCCUCGGAGGGCAAGACGCUGUCCUUGCGCGAGAGGAUCCAAAAGUCCAGAGCUUUCACCUCGAACAACCCCUCUUUCGACCCGGACGCCUUCCUCCAGGCACGCCUGGCCGCGGCCAAGACCACCGCCGAGAAGCUCUGCAUAUCCGCCCGCGCGAGCACGAUCCCCGCCGACGAACAGACCCUGAAGGACUUUGGCUUCGACAAGUGCCUUUUCGACGCCGACAAGGUGACACUGCUCAGCAUCUACCGUCUCCUCGUCGUCGGGAUGGGGGUCUCGUCCCGCGAGCUGCGAGAGUGGGCCGAGGAAGGUGCGCUGGCGAUUGGGAGGAACGUCGCGAUUGAGUUCCAGACGAGGCGCAGACUUGUGCCGGAGGAGUAUUGCCAGUUCUUUCUGAUGAAUCAGAAGAGUAUUUGGGGGUUGGAGGAUGUUGUUGACUUUGAGGCCGGGGCUGACAUCACGAUGUCGGAGGCGGUUGGCGAGACGGCUGGGGCCGGGUCGGGAAAGUCUGCGAGUGGGAAGGGGGACGUCAUUGUGAUCUUGGAUUCUUCUGAUGAAGAGAUUGAGGCGGAAAAGACUGGCGAGAAGGCCGAGGAGCCGCGCGAGAAGCCGAGCAAGGCCUCCAACGCGGCUUCUGCCUCCGCGACCAAGAUCAGCGAGUCCCAGAUCAAGCCGGAGACAGCCGAUUCGACGACUUCCAAGCCCGGAGAUAAGGCAUUCCAAACCAAGUUCAAGAAGGCCAACCCAAUUCCCUACAAGCCCCGCAACAAAAGGUACUUCAAGAAUAAGGGCUUUGCACGUGGCCCUCCCGAGAAGUACAUGAUGACCAGAGAUGGCUCCGUCACUGGGAAGAGAGGUCGCGACUCGUCUUCGCCUGAGACUACACCUCAACCACCUUCGAAGAAGCGCAAGUUUACCAAGAAAUCUUCUAAAUAA